AUCGACAAAAAGAUCGUGAGGACGGAGAUCGGGGUCCUGCUGCGCCUCUCGCACCCCAACAUCAUCAAACUGAAGGAGAUCUUCGAGACGCCCUCGGAGAUCGCGCUGGUGCUGGAGCUGGUGACGGGAGGGGAGCUCUUUGACAGGAUUGUGGAGAGGGGGUUCUACAGUGAGCGGGACGCAGCCCACGUGGUCAAGCAGAUCCUGGAGGCGGUGUCGUAUUUGCAUGAGAACGGAGUGGUGCACCGCGACCUGAAGCCGGAGAACCUGCUGUACGCAGACCUGUCCCCCGAUGCACCCCUGAAGAUCGGUGACUUCGGGCUCUCCAAGAUCGUGGAUGAGCAGGACACCAUGAAAACCGUCUGCGGGACGCCGGGGUACUGCGCCCCUGAAAUCCUGCACGGCUGCCCCUACGGCCCCGAGGUGGACAUGUGGUCGGUGGGCGUCAUCACCUACAUCCUGCUCUGCGGCUUCGAGCCCUUCUUCGACCCACGCGGGGACCAGUACAUGUACAGCCGCAUCCUCACCUGCGACUACGAGUUCGUGUCCCCGUGGUGGGACGAGGUUUCCCUCAAUGCCAAGGACCUGGUCAGAAAACUGAUCGUCUUGGACCCCCAGAAGAGACUGACGGUCCAUCAGGCUCUGGAGCACCCCUGGGUCACCGGGAAAGCCGCUAAGUUUGCCCACAUGGACAGCACGCAGAAGAAGCUACAGGAAUUUAACGCCAGGAGGAAGCUGAAGGCUGCCAUGAAAGCCGUGGUGGCUUCCAGCCGCUUGGGCAACCACGGCCACCACGACUGCUCCAGGAGCCGGGGGGGUCCCCGGGGGCGGGGGAGCACUGAGGUCACCGCCGCAUCCGAGGAGCUGGAGGCGUUCCCUGCUGUGCCCACCGUGCCCGUCAACGGGGCGAGCUGCAGGAGCUGACGGUGCCCGGCUCCCAGCGGCACCGCGGGGGCUGUCGGGGCGGCCAUGGGCAGGCGUGGGGAUGGCAGCGCUGGGGAGCACGGGGUGCGUCCCUCUGCGGUGUCCCGGUGCUGCCGUGGCUGUGUGUCUGGCUGUGCCCACCCCGUGGGGAAGCAGGGCUGGCGACUCGGUCUUCCAACAGCUCUACAGCUUUACGAGUGCCCCAGAGGCUUCAAAACGAGGAGCAAGCAGCAGAAAAAAAAAGGAUUUCUUCCACCUUCCCAGCAUAGGCAGCGAGUUCUCUCUACUACAGAGUUCUGUGAGCUGCUGUAAAUAGUCCUCAGAGGCAUCACUCCGGAGGGGAGGAGUGGCUAGCAAACUGCACCCAGCCUCCAGCCCCAUCGCACCCACCAGCCCCACGGUGGGGGGGGUCGGACCCCCCUACCCCCCCCCAAACGUGUCCCCCCCCCCUGUGGCUCCUCAGUAUCUGUAGGUGGUAGAUGAGCUCUGUUUGAUUUGUGCUUUCGUGCCACUCCAGUUUCGUUCGUUCUGGUGUUCGGUCUCGGUGUGCUGUAGGGCUGUCGGUGAGCAGGGCUGCUGCCUUGGUUGCAUUCCAGGUAGAACUGACACGAGUUCUAAUGAAGAGCCAUGCAAUUAUUUCUACCGAGCAGUGUAAGACUUUGUAACACGUAACGGUGCUGUUGUUUCUUGAUCGAGGACAAUGAGUUUAUACAUUUCUGUCUGGUUUUUUAAAACUAAUGAAAUCCGUCGACAAACUU